CGUGGUUUUGUGAACAAGCUGGCUGGCAAGUUGACAUAAGGAAUUUUUAUUUAUUUUCUGCCUUCCUAUUUUACAACUCGAGUGUUCCCGGAUUUGCGUAUUUGUAAAAGACCUGAUUAUCUUCGAUUAUUCAUCAUUCGACUGCGUGUAACAGUAUCGUCCCACCUAGCAAAAAGUGUCGCGUAUCAAAGUGAAAUAUGGAUGAAGACGACGGCCGAGAAAAACAACCCGAUAGCACCGAUAGUCCAGAGAAAGCAAAACGAUUCAAAAGCGAGCAACAAGCGGAAGGCGAACAAACAGCAGUAGAAAAGUCGGAAGAAUCAUCCAGCUCUUCUAACAACACCGAACAAGAAAGUGCUUCGACCAGCAGCGAUAGCGGAUUUCCGAGGAGCCGUAAUUCCAGAAAUCGGUCGUAUCGUAGGUCGAACGAGGAUAACUCCGACAAUCACAGUGCAGAAGAAGAUGGGGUAUUAGAUGAAGAUGAAGACCAUGAAGAAGAGAUCGAUGAUGAUGACGAUUCCUCUGGAUUGGAUGAUGGCUCCACUGUAGAUCUAUUCAGUUCAAGUAGCUCAGAUUCGACUGUCAUCCAUGAUAGUGAUCAAGAGGUCAAUGACGAAGUGAAUAUGCUGUUAUUGAUGCCCAAACCAAAGCAUAACUGGUUUGUAGUGCCUGAAGUGAUCAACAGACAGAUUGGGUAUCGAACCAAAAUGCAGAGACCUGAACUGUUUAUGAGACGAUGCUAUGGGUCUUUACAUUGUGUACAAAGGAUGGAGCUAAUGUAUAAAUUGGAGGAACACGAAGGCUGCGUUAAUUGCCUCAACUUCCACCCACAUGGUACCCUGUUGGCCAGCGGAUCUGAUGACCAUAUGGUUUGCCUCUGGGAUUGGAAGGUGGCCAGGUGUGUCUUGAAGUACGACACUCUUCACAGAAGCAACGUCUUCCAAAGCAAAUUCUUGCACCUCAGUGGCGAUUUACAUGUUGCCACGUGCGCAAGAGACGGGCACGUCCGCCUAGCACAAAUAAACAAUGAAGGUGUCAGGGACAAUAGGAAAUUAGGAUCUCAUAAAGGUGCAUGUCAUAAAUUGGCUGUGAUGGUCGACCAGCCUCACAUCAUCCUGAGUGCGGGAGAAGAUGGGGAUGUGCUGCGUCAUGACGUUAGGAAAAAUAAGCCUGAAUCGUUAGUGAAUAUCAAAGGAGAACAUAAAAGUUAUAUAAUAAAAAAUAACGCUUUGUACAGUAUUCACGCAAAUCCGAUGAGAACGACAGAAUUUUGCGUUAGCGGUAGGCACGAACAGAUCAGAGUAUAUGAUCAAAGGAAGCCUAACGUACUUGUAAAUUUCUAUCAGCCACCGACACGUCCUAAAUCAAGUGUACAUGCGACCUGCGCAGUGUACAACUGGGACGGAUCCGAAAUUUUGGGAACGUACACCGACGAUACGAUAUAUUUAUUCGAUCAGAAUUGCGAACCCGGGCAAUAUAUUCACAAAUAUCGUGGUCACAGAAACAUGGCUACGAUUAAGGGCGUUAAUUUCUUCGGUCCAAAGUCAGAAUUUAUUGUUAGUGGUUCAGAUUGCGGUAACUUAUAUUUCUGGGAAAGUAAUACCGAAGCUAUAGUGCAAUGGGUCCUUGCUGACGAUAAAAGAGUGGUGAACUGCCUAGAGCCGCACCCUCAGUUGCCGUUCCUAUGUACGAGCGGUUUGGAUUCGGACGUAAAGGUAUGGGUGCCGUCUCACGAACAUCCACCGGAUCCGGAAAUGCCCGGCCUUGCUGAAACUGUCAAAAGGAACACCAAUCCGAGAUAUUUGGGCUACUGCUCGACGCCAGAAGGGCCUAACGGUAUCAUCGAUGCUUGGCGACUAUGGAGGCGGCUCACUAGGCCUGGAACGAGUACCAGCACGUCAGGCUCACCGAACGACAGUGAAGACGAAGAUGAAGGCAGCCCAACAUUGUGUAUAGCUACCUAAACCCGCCACCAAACAAUCGAGUUGUUUUUGUACGUAGGAAUCAUAAUGGCGCUCGGACCAGCUAAUAUCAAAAGGUGAAACAGAUUAUUAUAACCUCAUCCUUUUUGCUUGGUUUUCCAUCAUAGAUAUACCGGCAAGUAUGCCACUAGUAAAGUGGUAUGAAUAUACGUAUCAAGUGCAUAUAUGCUCUGAUAUUAACAAAAAACGUUUAGUGGUUUAAAUACUCAUCGUCAAGUCUUUUACGUGAUUAUGAUAAAUAAUAAUAAACACUAUAUUUACGAAGGAUUUUAUCGCGUGAACGUGGUAUAAUUUUGGUUGUUUUGCAUGCUCCGUUUAGGAUAGCUUUGAAGGUGCUUCUCCAUGUUUUUUGUAUGUAAUUUUUAAAUAUUUUAAUAAAUGAUCUUCCUAGUCUAGUCUUCAUUUGUUCGGGUGUACAGAGGUCUUAAAGAAAGUCAAUAAACAAUUCGAUUUAUUUUUGAUUCUUGCUUUUUAUCAAUUUAUUGUAGAUGUGGAUGAAGAUACCUGAACUUGAUAUAAACAAUGAAAUAUUCCUAAAUCGAAACUUUCAAUUUUAAUCAAUCAUGUGGGCGGGAAAAGACCGACCUCCUAUCACGGGGAUAAUUAACGUUUUUGUCCCAUGGCAAGUUAAACCCCGCGACGAUUCUCAGGCAAGCUCCACUUAACGUAUUAGAUAUACAGGGUGUCCGCAAAGUUGGGGUUUUCCUUUUCAGAAACAACUACCCUUGAAAUAACAACGGUAAUGUGUAGUGAAACGAGGGCGACCAAGUAAAAAAAAAUAAAGGAAAAAGUACUCGCUCUCCAGUUGACGAGAAGGGCUAAGUACGUCUCUGCCCGAAAUCAUACCGCUCCAACGGAAAAUGAAAUCAGCUGAUGCGCUACCGAGCCGACGCAGGCAAACAAGGAAGGCAAAAUGUUGCGUAAAAAGUCUAGGUCUAGGUUCACCAUGCCAGCCCAAACAUUCACCGAAAAUGUUUGUUGAAAAUGUGCCCGACGGACAGCAUGCGGAUUUUCUACUGACCAAACAUGAGUGUUGCAAAAGUUAAUCACCCCAUUACGCGUGAACGUAGAUUCGUCUGUCACCAAUAUGCAC